UCCGUUGCCAGGUAACUAAGCGUUAGUUUCAUGUUUGUAACCAUAAAACAAAGACGCAAAGAGAUUUGUUCAUAAAGUAGAGGACUCUUUGGAUAAGUCAUUGGAAAACGACGCUAAAGUACGCGAAGUGUUUUGUUUUUUAAAAAAAAAACAUUUUUAAGAACACUAUCGAAACCAGGUUUCACAUUAACGACACUUAAAAACUCGGUUGGCUCCUAUAAUACUUUACGUUACGCCGCAGCUUGUUUCUUUUAUCCACGGGCUGUUUUGUACCGGUGUUUCUGUCUCUGUUUCAACGGCCGCGGUUACCAGAGAUGAUGGCUUCUGCAUCGUCGUCGUCCUCUUCCCGAGAUAUUUCAAAGAAAAUUAAGGACAGGCCACUCCGAGGUGAAGAAUGCAAACUCAAUCGAGUGGAGUGCACCACUGUACCACCAGGACCUGCAUAUAAAGUAGACCCACAGGCUGUAUUGAAGAGACCUGUAUUGCUAAGACAACCCAGUGUGAACCACUUGAAGGCUCGUGAGCAAAUGAUAUUUCUAGGCUGGCACACCCAGUCACCUGCAACUAAGGGAAAAAAGGAACCAGAAUGCACACAGAAGGUCCCUGAGCCACAACAGCCUACUCCUCUAAAAUCUCCAGUUAAGAAACAGGAAAAGAUCACAAAACAUAUAAAACAGGAAAAGGAGACAAGAACGACCAGCUUACAACUUAUAAGGGACUUCAAUCGGAUGCUUUUUACAGAAAAGAGAGCCCAGUCAGCCACGCCCUCAGGAAAAGCAAGGUCAUACAGUUAUCAAGCUUUAUCAAUGACCGACGAGAAACCAUUUGCAAAAUUGACAGAAAGUGAUUAUUAUGAGUUAGACCCCGAAUCCGCUGCAGCCUUGACUUCCCAAAGACUUUGUAAAGCCUUUACUCUGUGGCGCAGCGAGGUGUGUAAGAGGAAGCGUGACUUUGCUAAGGCGGUUCUCCACAUCGACCUGUUUAUACUGGACUCGAAUCUGAGAGCAGCAUUGUUGAAAAUCAGGGCACUCUCAUGCCAUCUCACCGAGACAGGGCCGUAUCGGGUCAUAGCAAACCAAACAUACACACUGAAGAAGUUCUAUGAGUCUCAGGUCCAACAACAACAUGAGAUACAGAGUAACCUUCUGCACUUUCGAGAAGCUGUUAAGAAGGUGACAAUUUGUGAUGGACGUACAUACCUAGUGGAGCAUAAAACUAUGUCUGCGAGGAGUUAUAACAGUGAAGUUUUAAAUGCGACUUUUUAUAAGCGGAUGACUUGCUUCAUUCGUCAUGUUGACCAUUUGAUGUUUAGCACAGUGCACUCCUUGGUGCUAAAUGCAGUGGAUAUCAUCCUGACUGUAUUCCAGGAACAGGUAGGUCAUAAUCCCUGCCAAAUCACUCCUCCCACCCCAAGUGACCAGCCUGAGGCUCCUUCUGAAGAGGAUUCUGAAAAGAAGGUUCUUCCUGACUUUCCUUUAUUAACAUCUGAGCUACUGCUGGAGUUAAAUGUUUUGACGUUCAAGCCCUCUGAGGAAGACUUCCAGGAAACCAUCAGAGACCUAAUCAGGGAGUUCAAGAAUACAGGAAUGUCUUUGAUGUCCCUCACAGGAGACACUGAAGUGGUUUCACUGAUAGAUUUUGAACAGGAGGAUCUGGAGGGUGGUCCUUCUUUGAACACUGUCUUGGAGGAAGAUAUCCACCUUCAAGGUAUCAUUAAAAAGAUCAUGGAUUCACUCCAUUUAGCCUUUGGUUCAGCCAAAGUCUAUUCACGCACAUUUGAGCAUUUUCUGGAUUUCUCUGAGAAGAAUAAACAUCUGGAACUUGUUGCAAUGGGACAAACAGAACCAGAUUUGAGCUUUUUUGCCAAAACCUUGGAGUUAUACCAUGGUAAAUAUAAGGAGGCCAUAGCUAUCCAAGACAAGAUGCAUCUUGGCUUACUGCUGGUGGAUCAAACACAGCUCAAACAGCAGCUUAAUGCUUCAACUCUCUCUUCUCUGGAGGAAUCGCAUGGAAUGCUCAUAAAGCUGGCUAGGAAACAAGUCGAUGACCUCCUGACUAAAGUUGGUGAAGCCAAAACUACACUGGAGUCCUGUCCUUCCACAACAGUGGAGAUGGCUGAGCAGCUCAUAUUCCUGGAUGACUUUGAGGACGGAAUCUUGGACGUACAGGAGCAGCAUGACAAUGUUUCCAAGGUGUACAAUCUGUUCAAAGCGUACUCUGUUACCGUACCAUCUCAGGACCUUGUUGAUUUCGCCACACUGCAACCCAACAUCAGCUUGUUGUAUUAUUUAAUUGACGACGGGGUGGCAGACAGGGAGUCGAACAUGGAGAGAUUUAUCAGCUCCCUGGCCACAGAUGAAAGUAAAAUGCAAGAAGAAAUCAGAAAAUUGCCACAUACGUUGCAGAAUCCAGACUUUUUGGACAUCAAAGUAAGCCCCUCUACAGUGCGUCCCUACUUUGAGAAGAUCCAGACUGAUGUAAAUAGGCUGGAAGCCCAGGCAUCAUCCUGUAAUUUCUAUGAAAAUAGAUUCAAGCUGGAGAGUACCAGGUUUGAUGUCCUGGAAGAGACGGCAGCAAAAUUCAGGCUGAUCCUGCUUCUCUGGAACUCUUUAGAGGAAUGGGACGAUCUACACAAUAAAUGGCAGCAGACCCAACUGAAGGAAAUGGACAUGGAGGAGUUGAGCUCGCAGAUUAGCAAGUUUGACCAGUAUUUCGAGCAGCUAGAGACGGGCCUGCCUCCAAACUCUUCAGUUGUAGUUUUGAAAAAUAAGGUGGAAACAAUGAAACAGAAGAUGCCUAUCAUCGGUAAUCUGUUGAAUCUGUGUUUGAAGCCUGGACGGUGGGUGUCUUUGGAGAAUUUAGUGGCCGCCACUCUGGACGUGGAGGAAGUUACUAUUGCCAAACUGGAGGAACAUGAUGUCUUCUCAUGUGGAGUAGAGAUACUACAGAUAUUGAGUUAGCAAACUUGGACCCUUUUUCAGUCUUUAUUUCACUUCUGUGUGUAAGUACAUGUGUGAAUCUUAAUUAUACUCCUUAAGUUUGUAAAUACAUUACCCUUAACCUAUAAAUUAACCAGAUAGAAUAGACACAGGCAUACAGUUCAGAUUUACAAACCAUCGUUACCGGCUUUAUUCUGUUGAUUAGUAAACGAGGUACUUUUUUUUUCAGAAAAGGUGCUGAUGAAAGGAUCUAUUGACUCAAGGAAAUACUAGAAAUAUAAAUGCAGAGUUACGAACUAACUUCCUUUUUUGGUAGGAAUGUUAUCGCAAUAUUAAAGGCAGCUAAAUUAACAGUUCUAUUAAACACAUUUAUUUUCAA